GUUACAACUCCUUCUAACUCCCGUUAACAUUAGCUCCCUCUUCACAUUUUGUUUUGUUGUUCCCACUAUACUGCUAUUCUAUGUGAUUAGUUGAAUUGCUGGACACUCAGCACUAUAUGGCUGAUACACAUUGUUUAGCUCCGGUAUUUUAGCUCCAUAUUGGACAUUGUUUUAGACAUGUGUUAGACUUGUAUUAUAGAAGUCACUUUUCUUAGUUUUCAAAUUCGUUCCCGCUCGAGAUCUACAUUCCAUUUAAUGCAGUUUAUUAGUUUAUUAGUAGCCGCCUAUUCCAACACAUCUUGUAUAGUAGUACAAUCUGAUAAUUUGUUUAGUUACUGAUCAGUGUCGUUAGUUAGUAUAUUCUCCGCCGGACACGUCUUAGUGCGACUAAAGUGCGACUUAGUGCGGCUAAGUGCGACUAAAGCCCUGUUUAUAUUACAAAACCUUCCAGUUUAUGUCAGAUAUAUCGCGAAGUCCCGGAAGCAGGAAAUCCAUUCCGAAGAUAUUUCUGACUAGGACAGAAUCGGAUGUAAUUGGUACGGGAAUACUUCCAGUCACUGCGGAGCAGGUUCCGCUAGUUAACCUCGAGCCUGAUGGUCUGGUUGAAAACAACAAGCCGGAACGAGAUUAUGACGUCAAGCGACACAGUGUGACGUCAUCGCUGAUAGACGGGCACUUGUCUGAGGAGGAGGAAGCUGUGCUGGAUGAGUUGGAUCAGGUGUUGGGAGCAGGACAGGAUACUAUCAGGAUAGACUCGCUAGAUAUUGAUAUUUCCACUGCGUAUACCUUCAAGGGAGGUGAGACGGGGUCUUCUAGUCCCUUGAUGAGCGCUUUGAGGUCCAUCGGGAAGCAAUCGUCAGUGGCAAACCAGAUGAAGAAGCUAAUCUCAAAAGGAAGUCUGCUCAGUAAUGACGACGGUAGGGACAAGUCGUCCUCCAAUGCGGCCCCUACCUCGGUGGGGGACAAGUUCCUGGUGCAGGUACGAGACGGAAACAUGGAGCAGAUCAGGAAGACCCUGGAUCAGAAUCCUGAAGUGAUCAACUUCUCAAACUCUUACGGAGUAACAGCUCUGAUGCUCGCGGUAGAAAAGGAACACAACGACUUGGUCCGUUUCCUGAUUGAACGUGACGCGGACGUGAACGCCAUCAGCAAGAACUUCCAAAAGGAAACGUCACUGUCGCGCGCGGCAAAAGCGCAGAACAAAGAACUGGUUCGGGUCCUGGUGGAGAGAGGAGCUGAGAUUCAGCAAGCUCUCAACUGUAUUUGUAAUCCACAAAUUGGCAACGAUUGGGUUAACGAUGAGAAAGCUUUCUCCUUAACUGGGGUGAAAAUGUUGGUGUCACCGCCGAUUCUAGCAGCGACUAAAGAGCCGAUAUUGACGGCAUUCAGCGUCAGCAACAAACUUUACAUUCUAGCGAAACGGCGAGAGGAAUACCGCGAUAUAUACAGCUCGCUGGCACAAGAGUGCGAAACGUUUGCUUAUAGUUUUCUUGAUCAAUGUGAGAACUUGUGGGAAGCAAGACGACUACUCUCAAGAGAGAUGAAGAUUAUUGAUAAGGCUAUAAGCUCAUCAAAGAAAGAGUUUGUGGCUCAUCCCUUUGUUCAAAGUUUACUGAAAGAGCAAAACUUUGGGAGGUUCAUGAACUCCUCAAUCUGGAACAAGAUAUCUCUGUUCUUUUACUGGUGGUUCUCUGUUUUGAUAUUCCCAUUUUACGGUGUUCAGUACUUGAUGAAGGAUCCCCGCCAGAGAAAGUUGAGAUAUUCUGAUUUAGGAGAAUACAUCGACUUUAUGGGUACACCAGUGCUGUGCCUCAUUGCAGAUUCCAUUAGUUUCAUUCUUUGUUUCGCGUUCCUAUUGGCUAUUUGUUUACAAGAGGAACUCCCGACGCGGUCUACGCAGUUUGAAAUGUUCUUCGAGUAUAUUCUGUGGUCGUGUAUUGUUGGUCAAAUAUACACGGAAUUUAUUCAACUUCGGAAAUUAGGCUGGAAGAACUAUUUGACUCAUUUCUGGAAUCAAGUUGACAUUUUAAUUAUAGUGUUGCUUUUUGCAACAGCAGGUGUAAGAAUCUACACUAUAAACAAGAUAGAACCAGGGAGAGAGUUAACGGAACACGAUGAGUUCUACCAGAGUAUAGCGUGGAUCAUGUAUGGAACACUAGGCUUCCUUCAGACUAUUAAAUUCUUGAGCUUAACAGACUCAAAUAACGUUAUAGGACCCCUGCAGUUGGCGAUGAAGUCGAUGAUUGGGGACCUUAUGCAAAUAAUGUUGCUGUUAAUAAUAAUUUUAGUUGCUUUCUCAGUGACUAUAAUGGUGUUGAUGAAACAAAUUCCUCACUUGUACCCGGGUGAAGAAAUACCUAACAAUUUUAAGAGUCUACCCAAUACAAUAGCUACUCUUCUGUGGGCCUUGUUUGGUUUCAUUGACUUCAUUGAGAAAAUGAGGGAUGAUGAAGACAAAAAGAUGGGUGUCUACGUUAUCUUUUACAUCAUAUUUACAGCGUAUCUACUGAUGAGUGCCGUGCUCCUCCUCAACAUGCUAAUCGCCAUGUUAACCACCACGUUUGAGCGUAUUCAGCACCAGUCGGAUGUAGAGUGGAAGUUCGCACGAGCCCUCAUGUUUAGAGGUUACAUGGGAGGUCAGUCUUAUCCAGCCCCCUUCAACCUCCUCUGUCACAUGAGCAUCAUCAUCUUCUCUAGGAUGUUCAGAUGUUCAAACAAGCCGCUACUCGGGGACGUGCGGUACAGUGACAAGGUCGACCAGUACCGGGAAAAGCUUAUCAAGGAUCUCCGGAAGAGAUAUUACACUGGGAAGAGCGGGGUAGUCGGUGAAAUUAACUAUUCCGUUUCAACGAUAAAAAAGCGACAACCAAAUCCAGUAACCUAUACAUAACGUUCUACGUAACUAAAAACAUGGCUGUCGGCAAGAAAGUCGGUGGUCUAAUUAAUCAGUACCAAGAUAAGAUAUCCGGCAAAUCAGGAAGUGACACAAAACCUAGUUUACCAAAGCAAGACAGAGCGCUGACCGCUCUGCAGGAGGGGGGUAUCCGGGACUUGAGCAAAUCCGGCAGAAAUCGGAUUUAAGACUUAUCAAAAUUUAUGUUUUUGCAUUUUCUUACGCUUUUAAAAACAAAACUUGACUAUUUUGAUUUAAGAUUAAUUUUUAUCUUAAUUUUGAGUCGAUUGAUUAUGUAGAAACGUAGUUUUAACCGUAGUGAUUUAGCAUACUGUCUUUUGUUACACUUGUUAUCCAGACAUGAUGAAUAAUGAAUAAUGAUACUGUUCUUUGAUUUUAUAUUAUCAUAUUCUUAUUUUAUAAAACUCUGUAACAUGAUUUUUCGAUCGU